AUGCACAACGAGGCCGCAACCGCCAACGGCGGAGCUGCCGUUGCACACGCGGCAACCCCGCCCGACGGGCAGAUCCUGACGGGCAAGCAGGAACACUAUCUCAAACGCGAGCUCAUUGCCCGCCAGGUCCGCAGCGAGAUCUCCGAGCUAAACUCUCCCACAGCGCUGCAACGAUUCGGCGCGCCUUUCAAAUCCGAUUUUGGCGAGGUCGCGCCUGUCGAUUCGGAGUUGCCCAUUCUCCGAUACAUUUUCGUUCACCAUGUUCGCAAUUUCCCGUUCCUCAACCAAGCGCAAGAGAAACAAUUUUGGCAGGACAAGCUACAAGUGUUCCUCGAGUCGUUCGCCAACAAACAUGUGUCAUCGUCGGAGGACCGGCUGGAGGAGACGAAGCGCCGGAAACUGGCCCGCAAGUGCGAGAAGCUCGUGGAGCUAAUGAUGGUCUCCGGAGUACCGACAGCAUCUGGAUACGAAGAACGGAUAUCGUUCUCCGAGAUGGAGGUCGUCGAGCGCGGCGCCAACGACAAAGGCUUGCUUGUGAAUAUGCCCGAAGGCCACUAUAUCAAUGGCUGGGAUGUGAAUGUUGCCGCAGUUCGAGUCACCUCGGUCAAGCGGACUGUCCGAUAUCAUCCUCAUGCCGAAUUUAUCAUCCGAGUUCGCCGCGAGGGCCAAGACGACUUCUACAUCGGACGGAGAUACGGUGAAUUCGUCAAGCUCCACCGGAAACUGCGUACCGAGUUCCCGGGCAAACAUCUACCCCCUCUGCCUCGCAAGAACAAAUCGUCCACGACCUCAAGUUGGUUUGGUUCCGCUGAUGAUGACAACUCUUCCGUAUCCUCGCUCUCCACCCAGGGCACCAGCCAGCCUGAAGACAACACCCCCACAUCUACCUCUGGCCGGACUCUGGCUCCCGGAAGUCACCGACGCUCGAUUUCACGCGGUUCUAUGCGAUCAUCCAAGUCCCCCCGCGCAUCAUCGGAGGCCAUCUCGAGAGAGACCGUGCUCUAUCGUGAGGAGCAGCGUGUUUCCUUACGGGCAUUCUUGCGCACACUCUUGCAGAACAAGCGUAUCGCCGAGUCAAGGUCACUGGAGGAGUUCUUGGCUGCAAAGCCUAUCUCAUUGAAUGAAGAAGAAUUAGUUGACGUCUGGAGGCGAAAGGAAAUGGAUGCAGUCAGAAUAGAGGAGCAGAAGCGCUUCUACGAAAUUGCUAGACAACGAGCGGCAGAGCUCGACGUCUACAUGGAGAAAUUCCGACGGGAUAUUGUGGAGAGCAAUGGAUUGACCAAGCUUUUUGCAGAGAUUCGGGAGAAGUCUUGCAUUGCUGAGCUGAGUCCGCAAUAUCAAAAGUUUGCUGAGUGGCUACGUAUUGAAGUUGCUGCAACGGUGUAUCAUCUCUUUCUUGCCGAGGAUAAUUCGCCGGAACUGUUUGCGCAGGCUAAGCGGAUUCACGGCCUGGUUCCUUACACCCUAAUGAAGAACGUAAUCCGCAUUGCCAAUCCAGCCGCUGUGAUGACAGGUGUUUUGGACCUUUUCAUGGCUCAGCCAUUCGGUUCGCGAUCCUUGCUGCAGCGCAUCUUCUCUUUGACGCUGAAUGAUAGCAUCAAAGACUUCCACAAGUCGAUCAACUCAUUGGCUGCUAAGGUUGAUGACUCGAUACUGACAGAGAAACUCAAGAAUUUCGUGGAGGCUGGAGAGGUCAUCAAGAAUGAAAUCCGGGAAGAGGCCGAGGUUGAACAAGUUGACAUUAUUGUUGCCAUCCUCCGCUCCGAGCUUCUGCAGCCAGAACUCAAUCCGGAGCAGAUUGGCAAGGUGUUCAACAGCUAUGUGGCAUGGAACCACGCUGUGGAUAACGUUGACCUGGAGAUGCAACAAGGAGCGCAAUGGUUUGCCAACAUGAAACAACUGCUUAAGCUCUAUACCCGACAGCGCGACAAGUCGAUGAUGCUGAGUAUCGUUGAAGAGCCUGUCACUCUCCAACUCUUCCGCGACCUCUUCACCAUCUUCUACGAGCCUCUGGUUCGCGUUUACAAGUCUGCCAACGUGUACAACAGUAUCACAGACUUUGCCCAAUUUGCCGAUGAUGCCAUCGCCGUAAUUGAAAGCGCCCAGCGCCAGGAUGCUUCUGCUGACCCUAACCAGACCGUCCAGGCCUUUAUUGACUUGUGUGCUCGCCACGAGGACAACUUCUACAAGUUCAUCCAUGAGGUACAUAUUCAUGACAACGGUCUCUUCCAGUCCUUGAUGGCCUGGAUCGAGGAAAUUCUGGAGUUCCUUCGCAAGGGCCCUGCGCAGGGCGGCAAGCUGGAUAUGAACGCACUCUUCCAGGGCGCGGUCGGAGUCGGUCAAAUUGACAAGGAUGUCGCCAUCAUCGAGAUUGAUGCCCUUAUCAAAUGGCAAGAGGAUCGAAAGCGCUGGCAUUUGAACAAGACCCGUCAAAAAAUGGCCGCCGAGGGCACCGAUACAGUCUCGGGCUCCGCCGCCUUCAAGGGUAGCGACUUUGGUCUUGAUGAGGCCGACCUUGAAGACCUCACCAUCUCUGAUGAGGCAUCCGACAGUGAAGAUGAGAACUCAGAAGAAGAUGAAUUGGAUGACCCAAUUGCUAUUGAGCGCCGUCGCCGCAUCAAGAAGCAGGACCAAUUGCGGCGCACCGCAGGCGAGCCUGUCAAGCCAGAGGUCCAAGAAAUUCUCAAACUGACAGACCCCUUUGUGGUGAUGCUGCGCCACGUUCUGGCUGAUUGA